UAUGAUACUCAAACUAAAACCUUGUGGUGCUACACAGAGUCCCUGAACUAUGUUUUGAUGAGCUGUGAUGAUGGUUUGACUGGAGAAGGAGUGUUUGAUUUGCUUGAUUCUGCCUUCGUUUAUGCAAAGACAUGACUUCAUCACCUCGAAACACGUUAAUUUGUGUAUUUUUUCUGACUUACUGGAACGCAAGCAUUUUCCCAGGAAAUGCUGCAGCACAUCAGCGUCGAUCCUGGCUGGGAUGUCGAGUUCUGAUACAUUGUCAGGGUCACAGUGCUGACUCAGACUCUUUCAAAUGGUUUUACAAGGAGGACAACCACAGUAAGGAAAUCCAGCUAGUCUUUCAGAAUAAGAAUGGAGUAAAACACUACGAUGCCAGUCGUCCAAAAGUAGAUGUUAUGGCAAAUCGAUCUCUGGUUAUAAAUAGUUUUACUGACAAAGAUCAGGGCGACUACUGGUGUGAAAACUGCUCUCAAGAAACCUGCAGCAGGGAACCAUCCAGCUUCAUCACUGUGCAGAAAGAAAUUAUGGAUGAAAUGCAAAAGACAUUUUACAUCCUUUCCGGCAGCAGUUUCACUCACUCAUGCCCAGGUGAAUUUUCUAACUUAAAAUGGACAUUUGAAGCCAGUAAUGCAACCCAAAGGGAAUUAAAACAAAGAUCAGAAAUGGUUACUGUUACUACCAACAAGACCUUAUAUAUUGGAUCUGUCAAAAAAACUAAUGCUGGGAAGUACACCUGCUGGGUGAAUAGAUGUGGUGGUCCGAAUCAGAAACAGCUCACAAUCAACUUAUGCGUUGUCACAGUUUCCCGCAAAGGGCAUUCUAUUUUCUCUUGUGCUGUGACAUGCGAUGUGGGCUUAAAUGAUCUAAAAAAUAUUUCAAGUCUUCUGAUGAGCAAUCAAACAAUAUCAGUGGAUAUAGAUCCAUCCGGGUCCUUAAUCUGUAAUUCAACUGAGAUCUUGGAUGGGCAGCCUAUAACAACUACAAACAGCUACACAGUGUCAGCUGCUUUAAACACGACAAUGGGUGUUUUUGAGAAGACUGAAUCUUUGAUGCCAAUUAUUUAUGGAGUAUUAGCUGCCUUUACAUUUUUUACUUUACUUGCAAUAUUAACUUUCUGUUUGAAAUCAAGAGUACAGGCUGCAUUUCCUUUUCGUCUUUCAUGUUGUGACUUCACUCAUGAGGUGAGAACAAAUGCAAAUAGAUAUUGGUUUCCAUUGAACUUUGUACAAGCUUUAAAAGGCAUGGCACUGACAUGCCAUCUGUGUUGUCUUGACCACAUUAUGAAACUUGCUAUUUCAUGCAGGUGGAAGAGGAGCCCACAGUAAUUUAUUCAUCUGUUAUCAUCAAGACACCAGCAAAAACAAGAAGUCAUCACACAGUUCCUGAAAGCUGUAUUUACAGUGAAUUACAGAUUAGAGGAAAUACCAUUUAGUGUCGAUAGAAAUUAACACUAAAUGGAACUUUUGGGACCUGUCCAGGGUGUACCCCGCCUCUCGCCCGGGACGCAGCUGGAGAUAGGCACCAGCAACCCUCCCGACCCCAUUAGGGAAGAAGGGUGUAUAGAAAAUGGAUGGAUGGAUGGAUGGAUGGAUGGAUGGAUGGAACUUUUGGUGAUCAUAAUUUCCACACUGUCAAUAGAUUUUGUAAUACAUUCCAUAGCAGUGACUUGUGUUUCAUGACGCGUUGAAAACAUCCACAGGAAGUUUGUCAUCCAGUUUUUGAACUACUGAAGAAAGAUGAUGUAAUCUAUUUAUAAUUUUACAAUUAUCUCGAAUCAAGGAAACAUAAGCUGCUCUGUUUGGCUUAUGUUAGUCAUAAAUACAUUCUGAACCAUUUUCCAACCAAAAGUCAUGUGUCAGUUAAUAUAGAAGUCUAAAUUUGAAUUGUGUUUUAAUAUCAUCCUAUAGAUGAGUGGUUGAACAAUUUUCUAGAAUUAUCUUGAUCUUAUUUACAAUAAAAGGUAUCCCUUUAUAACUCACAUAGAUAUCAAUCCUCAAGGUUUUUAUAGUUUUAUAUAAUCCAUUUGUGCUACCUUUUAUUAUUAUUAUUAUUAUUAUUAUUAUUAUUAUUAUUAUUAUUAUUGUUGUUGUUGUUGUAAAAUAAGUAUAAUUUAAAUUAUUAACAUUUUUGCUACACUUACAUGACAAAAUUGCA